AUGUCCUCCUUCGAGAAGGGGGUCAGCAAGCUGAACAAGCACAUGAAGAAACGACAACAGCUGAUCAGCACAGUCAACCUUGACGUGCUGCGCUUGUGCCAUCUCCCGCAGCCCACGUUAGCCCAAAAUCUUGCGCAGACCUUCAGCGGUUAUCUUUGGUGCGAGUAA